AUGAGUUUCACAGAAGAAACUCUUGGCGAGGUCUUGAAACAGCACACAAACGAAUUUUGCAUGAAUCUAGUAGUCACUGCUCUCCAGGCGAAACUCGCGAAUAAACAGAGCGGGGAGGGGAAUGCAGAUAGCGGACCAUACCAAUACAUCCCCUCAGUGCAUGAGAUUCAUAUUUUUGGACUUGACGAAGACGGCGAGUUUGCUGUUUUUCUUAUUAUGGAUCGGAUGGCUGAUGGGACUCUGGAGGAGUACUUCAACCGAGUCCAAAAGCCGCGCGGACCCUGCUGUGCAUUUGAAGACAAGGACAGUCUCAAGUUCCUUCAGGCCUUGCUGAGAUCCUAUGACCAGCUUCUACAGGGUUACUUCUUCAUCCACGAGAUUGCGCGCAUAUCCCACAAUGAUAUCAAACCGGGGAACCUCGCGGCGCCUCUAAAAGAACUCAGCUUACGAAGCAACAGCAAGUCGCUUGAUUUAUCGAAGUGAAAGUACAUAGUAUUAGAGAGUUUUCCUGUCUUGUUUCUAAUGAUUAGAUUAUGGUAUAAGGCCCAAGAUUUUUGCUAAGCCUCCAGGGUGGUUAACUCCGCGGUGAGAGUACACUAUCGUACUUGAUUAGCGUGUUUAAGUUCUUCGAGUGCGGUAGUCGUUAGAAUGAUGGAUAGCAUCCCUUACUUAGAUCAUCGGGCUUUAUGCGUUCUUUUUCGUUUUUCUUUGCGGGCCGAGGACUUCGAGUGUUCCUAUUGCUCGGCAUCGAGACUACUUAUAUACCCUUCUGAAGCCGUUCGCAUGCGAAUAGCUCUGAGUGAUAUGUAUCCCUCGACGGCGUUGCUCGCUCAGAUAGUUUUAGUUUUUCUUGGUCGGCUCGGCUUCAGUAUAUAUCAAUGAUGGCAGACAACACGUUUCGUUUUAGAUAGGAGAUCAAAAGAAAGCGGAAGAUAGUUUAUGGGCAGUUUUCUUCAUUGUGUUUGUAGCUCAUAGUCGGACGCUGGCGACUUUGUAGUUAGUUCCCGCACUCUUGUCUUCAUACUUUUCUGGCGGCGCAACGGCUCGGUCGCUGUUCUUCGACUUCGGUCUAUCGUACUGGAGCUGGGACGACCAGACGCCGGCGAUGGGGUCUCUUGGGUACUUCGACCCGAGUGGCCUUUUUCUUUCUUGGAUUUUAAGGCCCUCGAUAUUGGUGUACGAUCGUCUUCCCAGUUUUAUCAGGGCAACGGCUUCGGCUUCCCUCUCGAUUUGAAAUUCCGAGAAGACGAUGGUAGGAAAUACACUAUCGCCCUUGCUAAUUCAUGACCCACACGGAAGUCUGCGCCACUUGGAGGGCCUCGACCGCUACAAGUAUCGCUCUGAUGAGUGGUCAAUGGGCACGGCAUUCCUCGGGCCAAUGGCGUGGUCUGUCACGUCCGGGAUCAUAGACAAGGCCGUAGAGGCAAGGGAGCAAGCACACGAACAGGCAAAAGAAACCAAACCAGAAGGGGGAUGGCUACGUCCUCCGGUGGACUCUAAGUUGCAAUGCGAAGCUCAUGCGAAAAUUGCCUCCGACGUGGAAACCCCUACAGCGAUUCUGGAGAAUAGUUUGCAGCUAAAUGUCGGGAGGUGGCUCCAGACAUCGGGUGGCCCACAGAUCAACUGGCUGCUGGAGGCACUGUUUUCCCUUACGAGAAAAUGGGGAAUCCAAUGCAGCCGUGAGAAGCGUGGCAGAACAGUGGAAUGGAGACUGGGUCUGCGCCGUUUGCGCCUUUGGUUGGAAGUCUACUCGAGGACCCUCGCUGGGCAGAGCGCUCCUAGCCCGAUUCCCCAGCGUCGUGUUCUGAGGUGGUUCGCGGCUAUGUGGGAACGAGUUUCGAAGUUGGCGGCGCAGUUGGUUUAUGCUGGUUUGAGCGGGAUAAACUAGACGAGGGGGAACGUCGUCGGUCAAUCGGUAUUCGAUUUUCUUGGGGGCCGCGCAUCCUACACGAAGCGCUCUCGAGAUCCGAUAGCGCUUCGCACCUCUUCGCCUUCUCUUUCUUUUUCUUUGUCUCUCUUUCUCUUUCUUUGUUUCUCUUUCUCUUUCUUUGUUUCUCUUCCUCUUUCUUUGUCUCUCUUUCUCUUUCUUUCUUUGUUUCUCUUUCUCUUUCUUUGUUCCUCUUUCUCUCUCUUUGUUUCUCUUUCUCUUUCUUUGUUUCUCUUUCUCCUCUCUGAUUCUCAGUCCACUUUCUCUGGUUCUCGUUUCACAGUGCUCCCUCUCUCUUUUCGAACACACGGCGCCUCCCCUUACUCAAACUGAGCGCAAGUGGGGGAGUUAAAACCUCCGCGCCUUGAAAACUACAGGGCGUACGGUAUAACUUUCGCAAUUCUAUGGCAAAGUAGCGGCUUUCAGACUGAGCGAGACCGGGUUGCCUACAAGAGAAAGCAAGACGUGAGACACCUCCGCGCCAGAGCUUGGCGGGAUCCUCGUCCAACACGAGGGGGGGUAGGGCUCCGUCUCUGAUACUCACGGGCAACCCCAUCGGACAAACGGCCAAAGCAGAGAGGGGCACCUCUGGCGGCUUCUGCAUGGGAGGCAAUGGCGACCUGAAUCACAUCGCCGCCGUGCAGCGUCUAACAUUAGGCACUUCAAUGGCAGCAAUUCCGUGGCAUUCUGCAACGGAGUCGCAGGCAACUGCUGCAAGCCGUCAGCUUGGUAGUCAUGCCUAUGCGUGAGGGCGUGGGCUCGCGUGAAUUCUGACCCGUUAAACUUAAGGCAAGGGGGCUGAUUAGGGGACAGUCUCCCGCCAUAGCCGCCAAGCGUGGCCAAGAACUACAGGCAGAAGCUGAGGAGAAAAGCUGGGAAUUUGCUAAAAGUAAAACGAUGCCUGCCCACGCCUUCAAUGGCAUCGGGGUCGCAUCUGCCACCGCUUCUCUUUCUUGUGAUGAUCCGCCGCCGGCAACGCGGGUGGGAUUGUUUUCGCCUGAACUUCAGCCGCCUGCAAAAGUGUACAGGCUUCGAACGUCUCGGCGAAGUAAUAGCCAACGCUUUGGAGCGUGCAAGCCUUACGCCGCGACAGAGAACCUCUGGCGUACAGACGUGCAGUAAAUGUAAAGCCCAUCGGCGUCCCAUCUCAAAAACACGCCGCAGGGCGCGCGGCAUUUAUUCGGCAGGGCUUUGCCUGACCAGUUCGCAGGAGAUCCCAUCGAGAACACCAACCACGACCACCCGACCAGGCAGGGGCGACCGAGUUGGGACCAGUCUGAGACAGUCUCUCAGCACGGCACUAGGUCCGCGAAUUCGUUGCGCUUCUUGUCUCAAGCUUACAGGUGGAAAAUGGCACCUGAUAGCCCCACGAUGGCAGGGGCACGGCGUGCCAUCUUCUGCGUGACCCCGUUGGAGGUGUUGGGCUGGGCUUGGGGGCGCCGAGAUCUCUUGCGCGGGGAAGAUGCGCCAAAGUUCUGCUGCGAGGGCUCACUCGUUGGGCCACUACUUAGGAUUCGUUACUGGCCUCAGAUGGUUUCUGCGGUGAGUGUGAUGCCCUUCGCGCUCUUUUUGAUUAUGCCCAGUCGCCAAGGCCAAAGGAUGAAACAACCAAGAAAGCAGAGCGCGCGCCAUCUUUACUUUUGCGCCGUCUUCUUUAGGCUGCCUGCGUAAGGUAAGGGAGGCUGGCUGCGGCCGAGGCCUUCCGCCUUGCUGUCUAUCCAGCUGCUGGCGAGGAUGGUGAGGCUUUUCGCGUGCCGGAAAUCGACGUUGUGGCGCAGUUUUCGCCAGUCAUAGGCGCCGGCGUCUCCUCUCGCGAUGAUGUGGAGAGAGUUCAGGCUAAUGGUGCUCGAAGUUGCCGAGAAUUCUUCUGCGGCAAAUGCGUCGCCACGGUCUUGCCUGGUUCGAAUGCCUGCAUUCGUCGCGGUCACUCUGAGGGUGCUCGCAACAGGCUCGCGCUGAUGGUUUUCAGCCGCCAAGAAAUAGAGGCGCCAAACUCUCAGACCUACUGGGAGGGGUAGAGAAUUCUAGUGACCUAAAUAGCCCAAGGGCUUGCGUCUCUAGCUUUCCGCCUCAGCUUUACGCGCGCCCACGGGUCUCCCCAUGGCGUCCAAACAAUGAAGCAAAAAAAAAACUUUCCACAGCUGAUCGCAAGCACGGCCCAGGCCAAGAAGUGGAAGGGGCGUGGUGACUCUAUCGGAGGCGUUCGCUGCAGCGCCAGCGACUAAGCUUGUCGAUGCGUUGCUGUUGAUGCUGUCGAAUAUUUUUGAUCGCUUCGCCAACAAUGGCGCCGGACUUCUUCCUUGUGAGUGUCUGCGCUUUUCUCACCUAUGCUUCACCGCGUUGCGCUUCGCUGCGAUCUAGUCUGAAGCUGGGCGGCUUGGCUGUCUCGGCAGUCUUCUUGCUCGCGGACAUGUCAUCGGAGACUUCAGCAGAAGCAACACUCUGCGCGUUUUUGCGGCUAUGUAUGAUGGCUGUCGCGGGUGGCUGCGUGCUGCUUACGUGCGACCCAUCUGGGGAAGGUGUUCGCAUUAAUUUGAUACAGAAAGUAAGCAGAAAGAAACAGGGCCAAGGGAGUAGGAUAGUAUCUGGCGGAGCGAAUCCACCAAGGACGCCGCUUCACUUUUCGAAGGGCUUCGCGCAAGAAUGGCAACAAUUCACGCAGUGUGAGGCGAGUUGUGGCCAUAAGGUAAAAGGCCUCCCUCCGCGGUCUGUGUUCUUUGUUUUGUUGUUAACAGAGCGCCCGCGGGCGUUCCACCUGCAGAAGCAGAAGAGAACGGCGGCGGCCGCUUACUCUGGAGCGGCUAAACGUUCGCAGAGCGACAAGCGCACCAGGCUCAGCCCUAUCGUGGUCGGUGUGCUUAUUUUCUACAAUCGGAGGCGGUCGCCCACGUGGCGAGAGGAGAUUUGGGGCUGCGGCGGCCGAUUCAUCCGCGCGGUCGGCUCGAGGUCGGUUCUCGUCAUUCAUGGCGACGCGGCUGGAGGUGUUUCGGGUGGUUUUGGUGGUUCAGUAAGUGGCGCCCUCUUCUGGGGCCGCUUCGGUGCACCGUGGGGCUGAUUCUCGAUUGACGUGAAGGACGGGGGGGGCCGUGGCUCUUUUUCUCAUUCUCGAAGAGGACGGGCGACGCCUUUGGCCGCAGGGAGUUCACAGGCGGGCUGUGCGUUAUUAUGUCGAUAGCCCUCGCCCACGUCCGCUACAGCAGAGUGAGAGGACCCGCGCGCAACACAGGGCUGCGCUCUUGCUUCGGGUCGGUGAGAUCAUGCGUGAAGCGUGUGACCUGAUUCAUUUCGAUUGCCUUCGCUUGGCUUUAUAAUUUCAUGGAGAUGAUGGCCAGCUGGGUGCUUGGAGAUGGGCCCGCUAUUGAUGGCGCUGCUUGCCCGGCCGAAGCCACGAAAUUUGGAGAGAAGUAGAACAGCGAGCGCAGUGCUGAGCUUGUUAGAGGGGUCCCUUGGCUGUGAUACUGUCGGGGCCCACCAGUAGAAGGGCAAAGGCCACUAGCUGCGUGCUAGAACUGCGCUCGAGAUCGCAGGCAGCUUUGCGGGAUGAGCUCACGAGAGGGCCGGGGAUAGCCCGCGAGCCCACGCCCGUGCGCACUUCUCUACAAACCGCGAAUGCUGGCCUUACUGUACCACCACACGGCCACGACUACACCGCACUCGCGACACCUACCCCCUCUAUUUCACUGCCUCGAGUCGCCACAGCAUCCCCGCCCCUGCCUUAUCAGGUUUGGCGUCAAAGAUGCGCGGCGGAUAGGGGGGCUGGCAUGCUUUGGCACUGAGUAAACCGCCACAGGGUGUGAGAAUGAGCAAAACGCAAAGGACAAGGCAAAGGAGGAGCCGAGCUGCACACUACGCCCAAAGAAUGAGAGAGAAUGAACAAAUCACAAGAGAAGCCACGCGGCCAGCAGCUCUCCCCUGAUCUACCACCCACCGACGGGAGAACGAGUAGCGGGCCUUAGGUCUGCUGAACUCAAAACUGACCAGGCCGCUGGUCGCGGUGCUUUUUGCUCAGGAGUGACGAGGCAGGAGCGCUAAAGCUGCCACAUAGACAACGCGGAAACCUGUCGCGGCACCACUUGGACUUGCAGCGGCACAAGCUUGGCCGGGGAAGAUGGCUCAUGAAAACUCAGCGAAGUUCACCCAUGACAGGGCUGAGAAGCUUUGCCGCUUGGGAGCCUUUGAAGAAUGAACCUGAUGAACCUCGUGCAGAAGGUUAUGACCGAUUUCAAGACCCUCACCCCGUCAACACUAUGAACACACAGAAGGGCCGUCGCUGUGUGUGCUCGAUAGGCCCAGCCUCACAGCUAGAGGGAUGAAAUAUUGGAGCCCUGAGCCUCGGGGAGUUAUUAUUUAAAAACAUUCCCAAAAAAUUUGCAAUCGCUUGGCGUUGUGGGUUGCUUGUGUGGGUAUCUCUUCGGCAGGGGUGGGCGGGUAUUUCUGCAGGAGCUCAGGCGCCUGCUUGGUGGCGUAGUUGUCUGCUGGGAUGAUCGGAGGCCGCAGGGGGUUGGGGUGGGCCUUUGGAUCGGAGCGGGGUGCUGGUGGUCGAGCUCGGUGGCAGAGAGGUGCGCUGGGGGUUCGGUGCGUUAAGGGCAGCCGGGGCGACAGGUUUAGGGCUUGGCGGUGUCGCUGCUUAGCUUUCUGGCCUCCUGGGGGCUCGGGUGCCCGAUUCUUACCCAAGGGGCCACGCAGGGGCCUGCGGGGUGCCUUCGUGGGCACCUCGGUGGGCCCUUUUUUAGCAAAAUAAAUUAUUUUGGAAUAAUAUAGCCGCAUAAGAUGGCAAAAAAUAAAUUAUUCUAGAAUUUUCUAGGAAUUUUCUAGAAAUUUUCUAGAAAUAAUUUAUUUUGGGUAUGAAAGUAAUUUCUUCGGAAAUUAUUUUCAUUCCUGGACCCACAGGGGUGGACGGGAGUGAGGGGGGGCGCGGUGGUCUCGAGGUGUGGGCCCUUUUGUCUUUCUCCCCGUGGGGCUCUGGAAGAUGGCUGGGGGGCAAGGGCUAGCUGAUUGAUUGCAGUCUCUGAGGCAGGCGCUCGGCUUGUGUUCGGGUCGUGGAUUCCUCAGGGGUUCGUCGUUUCGGCAUGGUCUCUGUCUCUGGGUGCCUCUAGGUGUGUGAGUCUUCUGGGGUGGUUGGUUGUGCAUUCGGCUGGGCUUGGGUCUUGGGUUUUCAAAUUUUUGCGGAAUUUUUCGAAAGUGGUAACUACCAGCGGCCCCGGGCUCCAAGAAAUACAGGACGGCCGUCAUAGGAUAGUGCGACUCGGAUGCGUGGGCUUGUCUUUGAUCAACGCAAAAAGUAAGAAAAAACGCGACCCAACUCCUAGGGCUUUAGCUCACGGCGGACAGCACGGCUGAGCCGUAACUUCUGGGCAAGAGUUUCUUGCCGUGAAGCAAGGCGAAAGGCUCGCACACUGUCGCACACCACACAGGGCCAAGUCUGGCGCUCGCUCUUUAGAAUUAGAUGGGUCGCCGGAUAGCUCGGGACUCAAGGACCCGCGUGAGAUCGGACACACCACCGCCGACAGCCUCCAGCCACGUCGUAACCCCCACCAACCCCCAUGAGGAGCCAGCGGGCUUGUCUCUGGGCGUUAUAAAGUUCGCUGGUGCUUGCUCUCGUUGUGUGUCGCUCUUGGGCCGUUUUCUGCCUGCCAACGGAGCCGCCUCUGGAUUGGUGAACUUCAAGCACGGGCGGGCAAUCUGACUGGGUGAGGAUGGGGCAGCUGUAUAACACUGCUGACGGCCCCUGGUCGGGACUAGUAAGCCAGCGCGCUGCUAGCCCAGUGGGCCCAAAUGGCUCGCCUUUUGCUAUGGCCUUCCUCUGGGGGGAGGAGUAACUAAGAAACAAAAAAGAAAAAUCAACGGGCACGCAUGAGAAAAGAAAGGCCUUACACCUGCAAGCUGCUAACUUUGAAAGGAAUGCGCCCACGUUAAACCACUGCAACAGGGGCGGAAAAGAUGGCCUUGAGCCCUCCCCCGCGGCAGUGGAUGGCGCCGCCAUUGCUUUCGCCUUUGCUUGGCUGAUGACCACGGCCGGGCUAGUAGCCUCCUACCGAAGCACUCUGCUGCUUGCUUGACAACGCAGACCCAAGGGCGCAUCUUGUCAGCAAUGAACUGCGUGCCCAGGCUGCCAAGCUGGCCUACAGGGGUUUCGCCGUGUUGUGCCAUCGGUGCGCUUGUCCUCGGAGUGCACGCUCUUGCACUGCAUUGCUGCGAAAUCUGAAAGGCAGCGCAUUCCAGCAAAAGCCACAGCGCUGCAGCUUGGCUGAUCUUGCAAGGAAUCGACCCCGGGCGCGUCUCCUUAACGAAGACCCCCGCCGCCAAGGAGUUCGAGACAGUGACAACGCCGAAGACGUUCACUCUGUGCAAGGACGUCGCUGGGUCGCUUGCUAUGCCAAGACCUAUGCGGCACAGCGCGCGCUCUGUUGUCGUUAGGCAUAGGCAACGCGAAGGCACUAGCUGAAGCCGCUAACUUCUGCAGGAGUCACCCAACCAGCCCGCGGCGCACUUCUUUCCGCGCCAAAAAAGCCACUGCACUACGCUACGCACCUGCCCAACGCUCACAGGCCCGCACGAUAAUCCCUCGCGCCCACUGGACUGGCUUGGACUUGAGCGCACUACACACGCGGGGCAAGCGCAUUGGGGAAGACUGCCGGGGCGCCCAGCAGGUGCGCCGGGAGCUGGCAGAGAAAUCGGCCUCGGGCCAACAAUUCUCCAAGGGGGCGGCUCUGUCAUUGGCGCAAAAACUUGCCGCGUACACCGGUGACGCCACGUGCAUCGGUGACGCGAUCAAGAUGGUGCCGCCCUUCCGCUCCUCGCUCACGGGUUGGCAUCGCAAGGAGCGCGCCUGCCCGUCACUCUCACUGCAUCACGGCGACGCUUUGCGCACAUGUGCGGGGCCACCUACAAAAACAGAGCGCGACCCCUCUUGCGUUCAGAACUAAGGAAGAGCGCGCAGGAAUUCCAACAAGAACAAAGUGGGCGCCAAGAUGCGCUCGGUGUUGUGGGGAAAAGUGCGCGCUUCUUCUUCCACUAUCGGCAGGCCCUCUUCUCAAAAACGAGACGCGGAUGCAGAAGAAGGCCAACACACUACCGCGACCACCCCCCGCCAGAAGAUAGAGGCACGAGAAUGCUGGCGGGAAUGCUACGGCCCAGGGAAAGUGCUACGACUACCAGCUCACAGCGUCGAAAUUACGGGAGAGGCACCGGCGGACAACAUCAACAACACCGCCAGCGCUCGCCCUCCAAAAAGCAGGAACACUCACUGGGGCCGCGGCUUUGCUUCGUCUUCCGGCCUCACUCUCUUCGCGGCGCAAAGGGAAUGGAACAAAACCCGCCUUCGCAGCGCAACACCCACGCGGACGGCCUGCCAUUGGGUUUGGGCUCUUGAGAAAGGCAACUGCGUGACAAAACUGGGGACGACAAGAGCGAUAAGUGGCUCUUCGGUGUUUCUUGGAAACUAACAGGCCGCCGCACUCAGAAUCUCGAGCGUAAGGCGUGCGCUUACCUCCUUAACAUCUAGCGCGUCGCGCUCUACUGUGGGCCACUCUAGUCUCACUCUACCUCGAAGAAGUGGGCCGCAUCGCGUUCCCAAAUCGUCGGAAGACAGGGCAGCGCGAUCAUUGGCAACAAGAUCAGCCACAACCAGACACCACCACCAUAAGGGCACUCGCAAGGGCAACGACAUUGCCAGCGCCAACGCAGAAGCCUCGGCGGCUGAGAAGUACAAAGUAAGCGCAGAGUCGCGGCGUGAAACGAUGGGGAAGGCGGGGCUGCUGUGCUUGAAGCCCCCGACCUGGACGCGGGAGGAAGUGGUGGCGGGUGGGUGGCCUCUGGUCGUGACUGAUGGGGCCGGCCUAUCUCCAUUGGUUCGGGCUGUCACUGGAGCAAGAAAUGGAUGCGGACUGCUUAUCUCGAAGGAUUGCACACCUGCGCCACGUGUGGCCAAGUCAGCUACCAAAACUGACAAGCACUGGCCGGCUUCUAGUGCUUGCGCCUGUUCUUCGGUUGUGCCUACACUAGCAGCGGGCGGCUUAGGGUGUCGUGAAGUUCACAAGUGGCCCAAAGUUGACGCCGAUCGGUGUGCUUGACGGCGCUGGGGUGCGGCAGUCUAUGCACAAUCUAACAAAGGAGAAGGAGGUGGACUGACCAAGGCAGAGCAGCAGCAAGUAGGCGAGGCGCUGGCGCUUAUUGUUUGGCCACACUUGGGGAGCUUGGUCUAAGGUGAGAAACUUCCAGACGCCCUGGGCAUGCGCUGCAUGUGAGUGAAACGAGGUAGGUAACUGCAUCACCUAAGUGCUACACUUCGGGCCGCACGCUACUGGCUUGGCAAUUUGCUCUGCUUGCAAAAAUGCACCAGCAUAGAGACCAGAAAUGCCUGACAAAGAUCAGCGCCGCCUGGCUAUCGGUUCAGGCUCUUGCGUUCGAUGGAGCCCGCCAAGACUUUCGAGCAAAUCGCGCAAGCAAGGGCGCGAAUACCAGACGGCCCCUGGCUCCCUUGCUAUCUGUCACGCGCGUACAGAUCUACAACACACGCCGCGCACUGGCAUGCUGCAAAGCCAUGAACCAACUGGCGCCACAAACCACACACGCCGCCGGGAAUUAUAGUAGCCCACUACUGGCUGGACAUUGUCGCACUAAAAUCACAACGCAAAAAGAUGGGUGGCCACCAAGAAGAACGGAGAGGGCCACCUGUGGCCCGCUCCCGCUCCGCAGGGGAGAAACGGCUCGGAGCAUGCGGCAAGAAGCGCAGCAGCGAAAGGCCAAAAGGCUACCAAGCCAAAAGGAGUCGCCAAAGGAAGCGGCGGGGCACGACUGCAAUCCAAGAACACGGGAAAAGGGGCAAACGCAUACGCACCCGCUCCAGCCUCCCCUCCUUCUUCUUCGUCUACUGCCACUAUCGUGAAAAAUUUCUGCGGGUUCGAAUAGUGGGCUACACGGUAAAGGCGGCAGGGAUCUUAUGUCGGCGCCGCUUGUCGUCAGGUCUCGCAUCUCUUACACCGUCAAGGAAUCUGCCUCCGCCUUCAAACUGCACCGGCAGGGCCCGGCCACUAGCUUGAAGCCCAUCGACUGACGCUGACGCGAGCCUUUUUGUGGCAAACUGCUCCGCGAUAGUAUCCAUGGAUUGCGGAGAGAAACGCAGACCAUAAAUUGCCCGCAUCGGAUACAUUGCGGAGGGGACACGCCGUGGCCCCUACGCCACUCGCCGGAACUUGGCAAACGCGCCGAGAUUGAAGGAUGGGGACCGACGAGGCUGGGAGUGGACUGACAUGGGGGGCUUGCAAGAAUGUACGCGCCGCGCUAUCACUAAGAACAACCAUUGCCAAGGCCGGCACCUUACGGAGUAUGUCUUCGCUGCCUCCGGCUCUGAGCAGACGAACAAGCAUGGCGGGCACUGCUUCGGGGUUGGAUUCUUCGACGCUAGCCCUUACGCCCGCGCCUUGGUAGGUCACUCCAUUGCUCGCACAAAGACAAACGACGCCGGGCGCCUCUCCACUUACUGCGAGGCACGUUCGUACGCCUAUGCGGAUAACAAUGGGCAGGGGCACUCCUGCGCUUGCAUCUUACUGCCCAAAAUCGGGCGCUAACUAUCUAAAGUGCCACAGCCAAACUAGCUGCAGAAUAUUUCUCCAGCUGUCUCCUACUAGCGAAGUGCUUACAUAUUUGUUUCCAACACUUAGGCCACUCAUGAAACCGCAGCAACGUCUGGCGCCAGGCUUACGCCUCCACGGCCAUGGAAAUGGAUGGCCGCUGUGGGAUGUUUAUGGCGACUGUGUCCGGUUGGAAUGCUCGGCGGGUGGCUUGGCUUCAAACGGUGCCGGACGCGGAUGGGAUGUAGUGAAUACUAGGCGCCAACCGGGCACGGAUGAAGCCUCCCUUUACUUUUGCAUAAUUUACGCACUUGGCCAGCCUCUGAAGCCUGAACCCGGGGCAAGUUUUAGCUUUUAAACUUGUGCUGCAGAAUUGCUGAAGGCCCAGGCAAUACACUCCCGCGCCAGGACGUGCUCUGCUGGCGUAUAAGAUGAGGUGACGACAGUGAAACAAAGCGCGACGAGCUGCGACAUGGGAGGCGGCUAAGUCUGACGCGUUCAGAAGUCACUGGUGAAGCCCACUGGUUACACAUAAACACCCAAACGGCUGCGCUUGGUCUUUUCGAAUGUGUCAGAAUGUCGCGCACGCACUUGAGCAGGAAACUUGGGAAAAACAACGAGAGCCCCACAGCGGGCGCCCAUUCGCUAAGGCUGAGAGACUCAAAGCAAAGUGCUCGGCUGCUUCGCUGUCUUUCUCCAGGGAGCUUGGCUGAAUCUGCAGGCACCCACAACGACAGAGCGGACACGACUGACACAGCCGACGUGCCUAGCGUUGAGAGUGGGCGGCCCAUCGUGGAAAGGUAUACCGCAGGAGCGUCUCCAAAUGACCGCAGCCACUGCGGCGCCAUCGUCGAAGCUUGAUGGGGUCACUAUCCAAGAGCGGCAAUACCGCCGCGCACUCUCGCGCUUCGGCACAAGUGAAAGCAUCGCCGUACAGCCACAACUGCACGCAGAGGGCACUCGCAUCAACCGCAGGCAUGUGCUCUGUGUCUUCUGCACUAUUGGCCGGGCCAACUCGCUCCCACCAGUGCACGCGCCUGACCACAUCGAGCGCGGCCCGCAGACUCGUAGUCUUCUGGCGGGGCGCUUCCUUCAUAAGCCAAGGGCGUUGCGUAAGCUUCCCCCUGGUCUCAGCGCCACGGCCUGCGCCGCUCUUGGUGGCAAAAGUGCCGGGAGAAGCGGGGCCGACUUUACUCCACGCUCAACACGUUCGGCCAGGUGUGGCUGGCUUUGCACUGUGGCGGUAGCUGACUUCUUGCCUGCGCCGCUUCGUCUGGUGGUUCUCGCCUUUCGAGUGGCUCCGCGCAACGUUCAAGCCCCUCAGCAAGUUGGCCACGGGCGUGCCUCACGCGAAGGGGCUGGCUGAGGCUUGCGGGCAGUGUUUGCCCCUCAUUUGGGCGGGAAGCUCUCUGGCUUCGUCCGUAGCAAGUUCGGGCGUAUCAUAAAACCCAAGGUGGGGCCUUGCGUCUUCAGGGCCCACCACUCCUGGGGUGUUCUCGCUGCUUAGUGUGGCUUGCUUUUUUGUCUUCGCUUCGGUUCCGCGAGGGAAUUGGCCCUUUUCUUUUCGGCAUGCCGCUCGCUGUCGUUGUUGCUGCAGAUGGCGAAACGACUCAAAACGCCAUGAGCCAAGGUGGCUGCUAGCUUCACUGUCAGCAAAGGCCAAAACUGGCGACGCCGUGCCUGUGUCUGAAGAUGCAGCCGCCCGCCUCUGCUGCACCAAGGCGGCCGCGCCGCAAGGCGUUGCAGCUUGGGGCCCAAUCUUUCGCGUUCGCUUUUAUCUUUAGGCGUCGGGGUACGCGCUAGCACGGUCGCAAAGGCCUUACGCUCGGCAAGUCUGAGCAUUUGGAGAAAAUCGCCUGCAUCAAUCUACUCGACGGCGCAGCUUGGCCCCCCUGUCUCUCAAGCCGGGGCGGUUCUGCGGUGAAUGACUCUGCUGGGCCCCGCCUCGCCAUCUUCGAGAAGUGUCAGAUGGAGCGGCUGGGCGGGUCUUGAUUCAUCUGCGCCGUGCUGCCGUCUCGUCUCUUGUGUGUGAGUGGUCUUCGUGUGCUUAAAAGUGGACUAUCUUCGAGUGGCUUCCUUCAGUCACGUCGAGUCGUGAAACAUUUGAGCCGCCAAAAAAUUGAAGAGCAGGCGCGAGGGCUGUGGGUUAUUUAAUCCCUCACAUAUCAAGACACUCAGCGCAGGUUUUUCGCGUGGUUUUUUUUUGAGAAAAGUCAGGGGAAGAAAGUAGAGGAAGGUGAGGGAGGUGAGUAAACAACGCGUGAGCUUCGUAGGGUUUUCCUUUAAGUCGUAGCUAGAAGAUGACGAAACAAGGCGAGAGGCUUCAAAGCUGGGGCGAUGGUGCAUCGUCAAAGGCUGACGCCCGAACCAUCUAGAGACAGUCCUUGAUCCAUGGCAAACUGAUGAAGCCGGCCAGGUUUUGCCCAUAUUAUUAAAAUGCUACCGCUUCGCUUCGGAAGCGAUUCGCUUUGGCUUGAUCUCUUGACGGGAUUACGGAGGCCGUUCACCUUUGACAUCGCCGCGGGCUUUGUCACUCGGUUGCCCUCCUAAGUUGGAAGGCUUUGGAAGUUGUGCUCCUUGCUGUGACUAGUCUCGAGCCCCCUGCGGCUCGUCGCAGUCGUGCUGUGACUAGUCGGAAAGCCACUGCGACUAGCUGCAGAAUUUCUGUGGUAGAUUAGUCUCAGUUUUACUGUGACUAGUGUCGGGCCCAUUGUGGUUGGCCUCGGUCUUACUGUGACGGGCUUCGGGUUUACUGCGAUGGGCUUCAGGCUUACUGUGACUAGUCUCAGACCUUCUGUGACUAGUCUCAGACCUACCGUGACUACUCUCGAACCCAUUGCGACGGGGCUCAGGCUAAUUGUGACCAGUCUCGCGCCUUUUAUUGCGACCGGUCUUGCGCUCAUUGUGAGCAGCUUGGGGCUUGCUGUGGCUAGUCGCUGACUGAGUUCGUCGGGCUGUUCGAAUCUUAACACCGUCAGAAGCUGGCGCUUGUGUAUUCUGAUGGUGUGAAGAUUCGAACAGCCUGGCAAACUCAGUCAGAGACCAGGCGCAGCAAUUUUGAGCCUCGUCGCAGUGAGCGUGAAGCCAGUCAAUUCAGAGUAGGCCUGAGACUAGUCACGCUGAGACUGAGGCUAGUCCAAGUAUAGUAAGCUUGAGACUAGUCGCAGCAGGCUUGAGACUAGUCACAGGUGAAGGCUUGAGACUAGUCACAGCACUUUUGAGACUAGUCCGCCGCAGAAAUUUUGAGACUAGUCGCAGUAAGUUCGAAGCUAGUCACAGUAGGGCUGAGGGUACGUAGUCGCAGUAACUGGCAUGCCAUAGGUAGCUGCCACAACUCGGCCGCAGCUCGCCAUGGCUUCCACUGAUCAGAAGUAACAGGGUCAGGCUUUUGCGUAGGUGUUUGGCCUUUCUAAGGAGAUUCCUUCGCGUUUGCUCACCUACUUUGUUGACGGCCACUGGACGCUCUCUAGGUCUCCUCUGUCGCUCUUCUUGUCGGCGUUGGUGCUGGCAGGUGCGAGCGGCGACUGUUCUGUCGGCUAUGCGCUUGUGCUUGGUGACGUCUGUCGCAGCUGCGAUAAGCUGAGCACUUUCGUGCAGUUUUAUCAACCAUUUGACUCACGUACCGCGUCAGCGUUGGGGCGUGCUUUGCUUGCCUAUAGUCUAUGGCUUUCUCGUGCUGCAGUUUUUGGCAGCAUCCACCGCGCGCGCGGGGCUUGUGGGCUAGUCUGAAGUGCUGGCUUGCAGGCAAAGCCGGCCUCGCUCAGGUUGUUCUUCUCGUGGUCUAUCUUUCUCGGCCAAAGUCCAGACUUGCGAGGACGGCGGGCGCCGCCGUUCACUUAUGCUGGCCUGAGCGGGAAGAACUAGACUAGAAAGUAGAGGGAACGCCUAUGGUCAACCGGUCUGCGUUUCUCUUUGGGGCUGCGCAUCUUACACGCAGCGCUUCCGUGAUCCGAUAGUGUCUUCGCCUUCUCUUCUCUUCUGUGUCGCCUUCUCUUCUCUUUUUCGCCCUCCCGUCCCUCCUUGGCUCGGGCACCUCUCUCUUCGCAGGCAUUCGUGGUGCCCUUGCCACGGAACUGGGCCGUUGCCCAAAUCCGCUGGAGCCAGCGGUUGCCUUUCUCUAUUUCUCGCACUCACCAUUUACCUGUGGCGUUGCCUUCGAAAGUCCUCACUUCACACUACUGCUUACUCGCCCCUGCGGAUGUUCUCGUGCUGCAAUUGGUAACAUCCAUUUCGCGCUCGGUUUAGGGCCUUGUGGGCUAGUCUGAAGCGCUGGCCUGCAGGCAAAAUGGGUUUCGCUCAAGUUGUUCGUCUCAUGAUCUACCUCGGUCAGAUGGUGCUCUUGCUUUUAUGUACACGCAACUCAACGAGAUUGAGGCUGAGCGGCCCAGGAUUCUACUGUAUGGACCGGAUGAGCACUUUUUUCCAGAGGACGCAAAUCAGUGGGAAAAUGCAUUCAAGACCAAGGAGAAGGCAGAGCAGCGCGCGAGCAGCUUUCUGGAGCCCGCCGAUCUUUCAGGAUUCCCCUCGGCCAAGUGGCUCGAGGAAGUAACGGUGGACCACCUGAUUGCAAGCAGCGAGCGAACGAACAGCACGCAGCCGUCGCUCACUCCUCGCGCCUACUUUGCAGCAAAGAGGGCAGACAUCUACAGCGCGGGAUCAGAGCUCCUCGCCGUAUGGUACUUUGAUAAAGCGCUGGCGGAUUUUGAGCACGUCAGCAGUCGCGGAGACCGGGGCGCAAGCCACCGCUCCGGCAAGGGGGGCGUGACUAUUGACACACCCUCGAGCACAGGCGGCCCUGAUGCGUAUAGUGCUUCUGUCCGUGGCCUGCAAGGUCUCGACCCACUCGGCGACGAGGUGACACUGGUCAACCUCGAACAAAUAGAGGAAGCGGGUGAGAAAACCUCACUCAGAGAUGCUCUUGCCGUCCGCCUCGGGAGAUUCAUCACCGAGGCGCUGUCCGACGGCGUCGCGCUUGUCCACUUCCGUUUGGGUUUGGACUCCCUGGAGCAAAUCAUUAAGGCCACACAACUCGAGCCCACAACAAUGCAAGAACUAAAAUCUCGCGCACUUAGGUCGUUAGUACCUACGGAGUUAUAGCUGGUCUGUCAUUUUUGUUGUCGAAGUACUAAUGUAGAAGGAGCGGUAAUUUUUAGAUGAAGAGCCGACUUCUUAGAGAGAUACUUGGCCGAGGGUUGCUUGGGGGUGACUGAGUAGAAUAUAUCCAGGCAUUAGGGCGUGUAGAGCUCGCUUAGGGAAGUCGCAUGAAUUUGGUCGCUAACUUCAGCCCGACUAAUUUGCAGGCGUGGACGUCACCUACGAGUGGCGGGGCGACCGCAUUCCACCUGCUUGGGAGGGAUUUCGAUUAUGCGGGCUACAAUAAGACUACAAUCUCUGGCGCCAUGCGGUCAGGAGACGCUCUGGACGCCUACAGGCCCCACGCUCGUGCUGACAGUUUCAGCCUUUCCCGCGGGAUUUUAAGGAUAGAUAGUAUUUUGUAACUGCUUUUACGUUUUGUUUUUCUUGAGCGAAGUGUAGAUCGAUGGUGCCCACUAAUUUGCAGAAGUGAAGUUCCAGCUUGAGCCUUGAGGUAGAGUCGAUUCAUGGGUGGAUAGAACAGUGUUACCAAAACCCAUCGAUUGACGAAAGGCAUCAUCUAUUACACGAACGACUUCGGGAACAGGCUGCCCGCAUCCUGAAGUCGGAAUAGUGAAAGACCAGCGCUAAGACCCCACAAAUCGCUUGCGCGGCGUGGCUUCCAGAUUCUGCAGAGGUUUGACACCAACCAGUCCCGCAGCUGUCUCUACUCUGCGCUGAUCGCCUCUGCUUCCGACUGGUAUGCUGCGACUUCCUAUUACCGUGAGUAUGAGUCUCUCUUCAACCGUGGAGGGCGAUUAGACGACACCAGACAGCUGCUGCAUAGUCUAGCAGGUUGGCAAUACGCUAGCGGCAUUGCCGCCUCGGAUGUGCUAGAAGGUGGAUGGCUGCAGCGAUUGUCCGCUGUGUUGCUAGUGGAGGCGCCUGACUGGGCGCUAGCUCUUCACUUCUACCAUCAGUUUCACACUCGUGCCCGCGACCUUUUAGUGGAGCCGCUAAUGGGUGCGACUUCUACCGCAGGCAGCGCGUGGGGGCUCGCCCCUAACAGCACCGUCCUCGUCACCGCUGUCGCCCGUAUGUCUAAGUCUGCGGCAAAGUUGCGCGACUUUCUCCAGGUUCGUCUGGACUUACCGCAGCGCCGUUCGUCUAGUCCUCCCAUGAGUGCAUCUCUGAAGGCCAGGAUCGGAAUUUUUUCCGCGCUCAUUGGGUCCGCGCCGACUGAUGUCAUAGCCAUCUUUUAUUACAUGGAGGGCAGGCUCGAACUUGCAGCCACCGCAAACAGUACUGCCGAGUCCGGAUUGUUAAGGCUGGUUGUAAUUCAUAAUUUUUUAGAGAAUGAGAUCAUCUAUGAUCACUGAAAGACAGGCUACUUGAAGAAUAUUACUUAGGGAGUGCUCCUUAAUCUAUAUACACUCAGGGAUAGAAAAGCUGUUAUCGCUCAAAGAUGAGCUUGGCAUAUCUAAGAAUGCAGACGAUUCCGGGAUCCAUGUUGCUGUCUGCGCGUACUCUUCUACUCGAUUCUCUCGCUGAGGCACUUUCCGCACGAGCGUGGUCGAACGCGCAUGACAAGGGAGACGUACAAAAAGCUGAAUGCUUCGCUGCGACUGUGCUUCGUGUGGCACCCGAUGAACACUCCGCUGCCGCUUAUCGCCGCAAGUAUGUGAAGCGGGUCUCAACAGAGUUGAGUCAUCGCGCGGACGAGAUACUGCGCUCAGCCGUGGACAAUCAGAAGGCCGAACGUGUGCGAAAUCAAAUGGCAUAUCCGAAUGUAACAGCGGAUGAGCUUCCGGUGUUGCUGCUUUCGAGCUAUCUGCUCUCCGAAAAGGGGAGAGCCGAGAAGGCGAGUGCUGAUCAUGAUGAAGAUGAUCUCUCGGAGUAGUCAGCGCAGAUCUUUUGCGAUUUGUGACCAUGUGGAUUUGGUUGUGGACAGAGGCCUUAUACGAGCCAUAGAUGAAGGUAAUUGUUUGAAUCUUGAAUGAACGUAGUUUAUGAAGAUGAGUAUCUUUUUACUGCAGGACAACCUUGAUGAUAUUGAACUCGAAUACGCUAUUCAAUAGUACUAGUCUACUCCGAAACCGAGUAUGGUCAUCCUUCCAUCACUCGAAGUAUUACAACUACCAUUCUCUUCUUCAUUUUUCUGCAAGACAACGACUCUGAAUGCCCACUCUUCAACUUAGCACCGGUAAAAGCGCUGGAAGAUGUGAGGGAUCAAUAUACAGCGGAAAGAAGGCGGUGAUGAUAUGAAUAUUUAUAAUUCAUGCCUAGCUCUUGGACGAAUUGGGCCGAUCGAGUUUGUUCCUCUUCACUCUUCUGCUUUUUUGCCGCGUGCGUCACUGUGGCCAUUUACAUCAGGGUUUUCGUCACCCAAUUAUUUUCACAGCUGACAUUCGUACUGAUCUAGUCACCAGUUUAUAUCUAUGAAAUACAUGGUUCUUCUCGUUGCCUCCCAGGCGUUCAUUCUUGACAUUAUCCAUUUUGUAUGAAGAAUAUGCUAGUCCUGUAUGGAAAAGAUAAUAUGUGAGUCCUAUGUUGAUUGAAUUUGAGAGGAAAAGUCCAUGCAGAUUCUUGUUCGAGUAUUGAAUCGACCCACCCCCACGUGCAACCUCAGAUACAUUUUGGCGCCGUUCCUUUUGAUGUUGUAGCGGCGGACGCACUCUCGAUCCUGAUGUAGCGGCGGACUGUGUGUUAGAGAUUUUUGAGGUGCAUGGAUUUGAUGUUAACCUCGGUGUUCGCGAACAGCAUGCCAUUCUUAUCUGUAGUAUUUUCUAACCAAGGUAAAAGGGAUGCAGAGAGAGGAUGAGGAGAGGGAGAUGCGUACGGACGGGGAAUAUCCAAAAAGAAAGGUCGUUUUUGGAGACUAGCAUUUGUUAUUCACGAGUAUGUAAAGCCUAGUUGGAGCUUGCGCCGCGCCUUGCACCUUGUGUUGCGG